GUGUUUACAUUCAGUUUCCGUAAAGGCAAAAUAUGAGCAAGAUGCAUAGUCUUGGUUUUUUUUUAAACAAAUGAUUUCUCCUGCCCGCCGGACAGUGAAAGUGAGGGAGCGUCGCAGCCGAUCGCCGAGGUGAUCGAGUGGUUUCCAUGGUGAUUGGACGAUGGAGUCGAUGGCCGAGUAGCGGGGAGGUCAGCCCGGGAGGUGAGCGGGGGAAGAGCACGAGGCUGAGUGCCCGCCAUGGUACUGCGAAAGCUGCUGCAGUCGGUGUUGAAUAACGCGCGGCUGAUCGAGAAGCUGUCGGAGUCUAUGCCGAUGCGGCGAGCGGCCCAGAUCACCGUCUAUGUGAUAGCACGGCUCCAGCUGAGAGGCCAGAAUGUGGCCGAGCGACUGAGUCAAUUCAACGCCCUGCGGCAGCUCCUGGAGAAGGGGGACAUUCCCCGCGACCUCAACAAGAAACUGGCCGAACUGAAAGACGCCAUUGCGAAGGAGCUGAAGGACUCUUUGGGGAAGAAGAAAGGUGAAAAGUGAAACAUACAUUAAAAACUGGAAUCUCCCUGGAGUUGAUUCUCCGCACUCUCCGACACCUGCUGUGGUGACUGGACCAAAGAGGAAGACUUUGAAAAGUUAUCCUAUUUUAAAAGCACCACGGUAAAGAUCUGUCCUGGGGAUACUCCAGCUAACAUUUGGGUAAAUUCCCUUUCAGUAUUCAUGGUGGUUGGAUUCCGAUGUAGCGACACACUGACUUUGAAAUUCUUUUGAAAUGUUAUGAAUAUUUAUUGUCAUCAGCACAAGGUCAGAAUCGUGACACUUUUUCACCAAAUUGUCAGAUUAAAUAGAUGCCAUCUGACAAUUUUCCUAUGUUGGCCGCAAUUGUGCUGUAACUAUUUGGGAUUCACUUUAAAUGCUGUGCAAAUUCAUUGAUGACAAUGUAAAUUGUGCACACAAUUCGUCAGAAAUGUCCUGUGAUAGUCCAAAGAAUUAAAGAAAACAUUGUUAA